AUGGCAUCUUCAUUUCGAGUUCCGUCAUCCGGUAUCCGGCUCUUCCUUGCGAACGCAACAUUUGCACACCAUUUGCUCAGGCGACUGAAACGGGGACGCUUGAGUUUCCUGUUCAAUUCAAGCAACGGGGCUCCACGGCAUGGGGAUAAGAAUCCGGCUUUGCAUGGUCUGGAUGAGAGGAGCGGUCUUGUACAUUAUCUCAGCCCAGCCUUCAACGCCCCACGACUCCUCGCGGCGCACCUUGCGUUCCUCCAGAUUGGCGAACUGCCAGAGGUCUCCCGAAAUGGCCGGUAG